AUGGUUCAGCGAUACUACGAUGCGGUGAUCAUUGGGGCCGGCAUGGGCGGCAUUUACCAAGCAUACCGACUUGUCAAACUUGGUCUGACAAUAAAGGUGAUCGACCGAGCGGAAGGCCCUGGAGGGACGUGGUACUGGAAUCGAUACCCAGGAGCAAUGAGUGACACCCACUCUCCCUUAUACCGAUACUCCUGGGACAAGGAGGAUUUACAGACAUACAAGUGGACACAUAAUUACCUCGACUCCAAGGAUUGCCUUGCAUAUCUGAACCACGUUGUGGACCGCCAUGAUUUGCGAAAAUAUAUGCAAUUCGGCACCGAGGUGGUCUCGAUGAAAUGGAACGAAGAGGAUUAUACAUGGGCCGUGCAUACAAGUGACGGGGUGUUCAAUUCCCGAUACGUGGUCACAGGCAUCGGCCUCCUCAGCGAGCCCAACUGGCCCGCCAUCCCUGGACGCAACAACUUCAAGGGAGAACUGUAUCACACUGCGCGGUGGCCUGAGACUUACGACUUCAGCAACAAAAGGGUCGGGGUGAUUGGGAACGGCUCCACCGGGGUCCAAUUGAUCACGACGGUAGCGCCAAACGUCGGCUCACUGCUCUGUUUCCAACGACACCCGCAAUACAGCAUUCCAGCACGACGGGCUCCCGUGUCGCGAGAAGAGCGUGACGAGAUUAACCGGACGUACGACGACAUCUGGGCACAAGCACGCACGUCGUUCACGGGCGGAGGAUUCCAAGAAUCGACCGUCAAAGCCUUCGACGUGUCAGCCGAGGAGCGACAGCAAAUCUACCAGAAGGCGUGGGACGCCGGCAGCGGGAUCCGCUUCCUCGUGCAGACGUUCGAGGACCUCGUGACGGACGAGGCGGCCAACGAGACGGCCUGCGACUUCAUCAAAGGCAAGAUCGCCGAGAUCGUCAAAGACCCGGAAAAGCGACGCAAGUUGACGCCCACGGAACUCUACGCACGCAGACCCCUAUGCGACACGGGCUACUACGAGCAGUUCAACCGCGAGAACGUCGAAAUCGUCGACAUCAUGGCCAACCCGAUCGCGGAGAUCACCAGCACGGGCGUGCGCCUGGCCAACGGGACGAGGCACGACUUGGACGUGCUGAUCUGCGCGACGGGCUACAACGCGUUCGACGGGGCGUAUCGCAAAUUGCACAUCCAGGGCCGCACCGGCACGACUCUCAACGAGCACUGGCUGGCCGGGCCCACGACGAACAUGGGCGUCGCGGCCGCGGGCUUCCCGAACCUGUUCAUGAUUCUCGGGCCCAAGUCGCCGCUCGCCAACGUCCCGCCCAUGGUCGAGGCGCACGUCGACUUCAUCACGGCCGCGAUCGCCCAUGUCGAGGACGUCCGCCGUGGCGGCAGGGAGCUCGCCGGGAAAGUCGCACUGGAGUCGACGUUGCAGGGCGAGGAGGAGUGGGGUACCCUGUGUGACCUGGUCAGCGAUAAGAUGUUGUUCAAGAAGGCGGCGUCGUACUUCUACGGUGGAAAUGUCGAGGGGAAGGUCAAGUCGACGCUGGUGUUUUUCGGCGGUUUGGGCAUGUGGUCGCAGAAGCUGCAGGAAUGUGUCGAUAAUGGAUUUCCUUCCUUUACGCUUAGCAGGGACGGGGAUGCUGGGGAGAGUGCCGCGUCCUCGGUAUAG